AUAUAAAUCACUCUUCUAUAUGAGUAGUUAGUAAAUACUACUACGUCAAAUCUUUCGAACAUUGACAUAUUUUCAUCCUCCAUAUCUUCCAAAUUAAAAGCUAUGGAUGUGUGAUUUAUUAUAAUAUAACUUAUUUGUUAUUUUAACAGUUUGAAUUUUGAAUCAUGUUGACGAGGUUAAGAUCAACAACCUUAACAGUUUGAAUUUUGAAUCAUGUUGACGAGGUUAAGAUCAACAACCUUCAUUAAUUCCUGUUGCUUUACUUUUUGUUCCGUUUUUAAAUUUUGGACAAUAUUAUCCAGGUAGUUUCUCUUUCAAACUUCUAAUCAUCAAGUAGUCUAUGUCUUGUACAUGUUUAAUACAUAUAAUAGCAAUGUAGUCAUAUUAUAUAAUACUCCCUCAAUCCCAUAAAAAUAAAAUCUUGAAGAAGGCAUGAAUUUUAAUAUGAUCGGUAAAAUAAGUUAGAAAUAGAAAGUGCUCAAUUCAGAAUUUCCGUAUAUAUAGUUCCCUCUUCAUAUUUGAAUCCUCCCUCCGCAAUCCCUUCCCCUCUUCCCAUUUCUUGAAUCCAUUUUCUUUUUACUACUUUUCUUCUAAUUCGGAUUAACUAAAUCGCCUCUCCCCAACAUUCCCAUUAAUCUUCCCCACAACUCAAAUUGCUGUUUCCGUCGAAAGAAAUGACCACCAUUUUCAAAUUCAAGAACAUGAAGCCAUGUUCCAGAAUCCUGUCGCCCUCCAAGAACGCGGGCGUCCCUCUCCCCAAAUCCUCCAAUUUCUCAUCCAACCCUAAUCACUUCUCCGCUUCCCGAUUUCGCACCAUUCUUGGUCGGACCCAGAAGCGGAAUUCUGCAUUGUCUUCGACAUGGGGCCAAUCGAGAAUCUUCUCCAGCUCCUGCUGUUUCAAUCCCAGCAAGAGGGCGAGGACCCAUCUCGCGGUGGCGCCGCAUUUGAGGAAUUUCUCGGCGCCGGUGGAGAAAUGCGAUCGGAUUUACUUGAAGGGAGGCAUCAAUGUGAAGCCUCCGCCGGGGGAUGAGGGGGUUGAAGAGGGCGGGGAGAAUGUGCGGAAGAAUGAGUGCUCGAGGUUGGCGGGGAAGGAGGAGACUGAUGUGGAGAAGGAGGCGUGGAGGCUGCUGAGGAACGCUAUUGUCACGUAUUGCGGGAGCCCCGUGGGCACUGUGGCCGCAAAUGAUCCCAAUGAUAAGACGCCGCUUAACUACGAUCAGGUGUUUAUACGUGAUUUUGUCCCUUCUGCCUUUGCGUUUUUGCUCAAGGGUGAGGGAGAGAUCGUCAAGAACUUCUUGCUUCACACUCUGCAGCUGCAGAGUUGGGAGAAAACGGUGGACUGCUAUAGUCCUGGACAAGGACUGAUGCCAGCAAGUUUUAAAGUUAGAUCUGUUGCCGUAGAUGAUGAUAAGUUUGAGGAAGUUCUUGAUCCAGAUUUCGGGGAGUCAGCUAUUGGACGUGUUGCUCCUGUAGAUUCUGGACUCUGGUGGAUUAUCUUACUACGAGCUUAUGGGAAGCUCACCGGGGACUACUCGUUGCAGGAAAGAGUGGAUGUCCAGACAGGGAUAAAACUUGUUAUAAACCUCUGUUUGUCUGAUGGAUUUGAUAUGUUUCCUUCUUUGCUUGUUACUGAUGGUUCCUGUAUGAUAGAUCGACGGAUGGGUAUUCAUGGUCAUCCAUUAGAGAUUCAAUCGUUAUUUUACUCAGCUCUCCGGUGCUCUCGUGAGAUGCUUGAAGUAGAGGAGGGAUCCAAGAAUUUGGUGAAGGCCAUCAACAAUAGACUGAGUGCAUUGUCGUUUCACAUCAGGGAGUAUUACUGGGUUGAUCUGAAGAAAAUUAAUGAGAUCUAUCGUUAUAAGACUGAGGAGUACUCGACUGAAGCCAUUAACAAGUUUAAUAUCUACCCCGAUCAAAUUCCUCAUUGGUUAAUGCAUUGGAUUCCUGAGACGGGUGGUUAUCUCAUUGGCAACCUGCAGCCGGCUCAUAUGGAUUUUAGGUUCUUCACCCUCGGAAAUCUCUGGUCUAUCAUUUCAUCUCUGGGUACUCCAAAACAGAAUGAGGCUGUACUGAAUCUGAUCGAAGCCAAAUGGGACGAUCUUAUUGGUCAAAUGCCACUUAAAGUGUGUUACCCUGCUGUCGAGUCAGAAGAGUGGCGAAUUAUCACUGGAAGCGAUCCCAAGAAUACACCUUGGUCAUAUCAUAAUGGUGGAUCCUGGCCAACACUUCUAUGGCAGUUUACGCUGGCGUGCAUGAAGAUGCGUAGGACGGAUUUGGCGAAGAAGGCUCUGGGAAUAGUUGAGAAACGGCUUCCUCUGGAUGGGUGGCCUGAAUACUACGACACAAAGAACGGGAAGUUCAUAGGGAAGCAGGCGCGGUUGUACCAGACAUGGUCUAUUGCAGGAUACCUGACAUCGAAGAUGCUGAUGGAGAAGCCCGAUGCGGCUGCCCUUUUGCUGUGGGAGGAAGACUACGAUAUUCUCGAAAACUGUGUUUGUGCUGUGAGCAACUCCAACCGGAAGAAUUGCUCGCGCAUGCUUGCCAAGUCUCAGAUCCUGGUCUGAUCUAUUCUACUUUGGAUCAAGAAAACACCAUACAUAUAUACAUAUUACAUAUGAUAGUGUUAGUAGUGUUGUUUUUUUACUUUUGUGAAAUGCUAGAGAAGCCAAAUGUUGUAUACUAAUAUAGCCAGGAAAAUAGGAGAGCCCCAUUGAUUUUGUAAUAGUGGCGUGGCCUAUUAGUGUUGCGUUGAUGCAACACAUUUAGAUAGAGAGGAGAAGAUUAAAUUCAUAUAUGAAUUUUAAGUCACAUUUCUCUUUUUUGUUCA